AUGAAGGUUUCAGCGAUUGCAUCUGAACAGCUUUCAGAGAAAAACAUUCAUGCUUUUAAGCAGAACACAUUGUCUGUUGCCUACGAUCAUCUCUUGAAGAGUGUCACCCUGAAAGAAAGCUUCCUUGACUUAGUAUAUAUUGCUGUCAGUGGCGAUAAUGCCACCAACAACAUGGUUGUAGAUACAGCUGUUGAUCAUUCCAGUUGCUUGUCAAAAUCUGGUGAACCCAGUAAUGAUGUUUUAGCAGAGGUCACUGCUAAUGAUGCUGAUGUUUCAACAAGUGAUGGAGUCAAUGUCAGGAAUAACCAUCUCCUUCAGGACAACAUCUCGAUUAAUGGGACAGACAAUCAGUCUGUUACUAUGGAAGAUGAGUUCAUGGAAACAGAUGAGAUGUUUCUUCUAGAUGACAGUAGCCAGGGAAAUUUGCAAGAUAGCAACAUUGCACAACAUAACACAAUAAAUUCAGGUGUGUAAAAUAAAAUAGUGACUAACCCGUACCGUGUAUGUUGGUUUAAACAGUUCUAUUUUAGUGUGCCUGAUUAAUCACUAGGUUCAGUUUAUAAUUUUCUGUUCCUUUUAAUUAAAGGGACCUAAGAGAAACCUGAGCUUGCAUGAAUUUCAUAUUUAAUAAUUAUUUGCCAAAGGCAAGGUGAUUAUUCACAAUAAUCACUGUGCCUGAGGAUUGUUUUGGGCAUAAUUUCAAUGAUUAUUUGAAAAAAAAUUUAAAAAAAAUUUUUCAUCAUAUUACAUCACAAAAAACUUGAACGACCGCCAAAAAUCGAGCUUGAAUCAAUAUAAGGAGAGCUGCUUGCUUCACUCGACAGCAAUAAUCACCAAUAUAAUUAUACUAAAUUUGUUCAUUAUUUUUUGCAUUUAAUAUAUAGAGACAAGCACAGUCGAUAAGAUUGUUACGGACACCUCAGAGCACAGUCAAUUCACAAAUUUAGGUUGGUAAAACAAUUACAUGAACAUGUUACCGAUGACUCUGGACAAUUGUUGACUCUGGACAGUUCAAAUAACAAUUAUGCAAUUAUUAAUCGUACUUUUCCACCAGGGGCGUCAGAAAGUCGAUAAUUGGGGGCAGAUAUUCACAAAUUCACGUUCUGCAUCAUUCAUUUAUUUUGAAAGCGAUUGCUUUUACAGUCUGUGAACAUAUGAACAUGAAUACCUGCCCCCCCCCCCCUUAAUUAAUGACUUUCUGGCGCCUCUGCCAGGCCCCUCAGACAUUUCUCAUAUUUUAUACUUUUCGACAGUGCUAUAUUACAAAACAAAAAAAAAAACAUUUUCCUGUAUUGAUAUACAGUUAUAUAUAGGGAUGAGCUGAUACCAGAAAAAAGCCGAUUCACUGAUCCAAUAUAUCGGAGCCGAUAUAAAAAAAUAAUCGGCCGAUUAAUCGGCUAUGGCCGAUAUUUCUGUGUAAAAGUUGAAUAAAAGUUUAAAACCCGGUACAAGCGCCGAAUAACGGUUUUUUGACAACUUUUAAUACUUGUGUAUACGCCACAAAUUGACGUACUAGUUUUAGUGUGUUCCGGAAAAUAUUUACUCAUAUUGGACAGUUACCCGUCACUGUACGAGUCAAAUUAAUCAAACGUAAAAAUAUAAAUGUAUAAUUGGAAUUCACUCAAUUAGACUAGACUUGUAGACUAAAAUAGAUGUCUAUACUGUCUAGACAACUCGACUUUCGAGCCUUUAAUUUCUUUAAAGGCUUUAAUGUUUAUUUAAAUUAAACAGUAAAAUUGGCUAAAUUUUUUUCAGUGAUUUUGUGUUUAAUUAAGAUACAAUGAUAAGAUUUUAAUUAACUUACAAGUGGUCUUAUUCCCUCGAAUAACGCAAUAUGGGAUUAAAUAAGUGUUCGUUCAGACUGAGUGCCCGGCACUGGUGCCCAAUAUUCAAAAUGGUUCACAAAACAUGUUGAGCACAGUGCCGUUGUUGAGUACUACCUCUAGAGGUAGUGCCCGUUCUUGGGCACUGUGCCCAAUUUCAUUUGAAAGCGUCGUGUUCAAACUGGGAGCCAAAACAAGUGCCGGGCACCAGUGCCGGGCACCCAGUCUGGACGCAGCCUAAUACGCGCAACAAAAGUGUCAAAAACAAGAUGGAGUGUAGAUUACUAGAUUAUAGAGUUAUUUUUUAAAAAAAAAAACGAAAAAAUUGCGAAUAUCGGCAAAUAGCCGAUUAUAAAAAAUAAUCGGCCGAUUACCGAUUAUUUUGAAAACGCCAAAUAUCGGCCGAUUAAUCGGCUCAUCCCUAGUUAUAUAAACACUUGUUAUUACAAUUUUUUAAUUUAAAUUAAUUUAUAGAGACAAGAACAGAUUGCACGGUGGACAAUGUUAUUUUUGAAGAUGAAACUACAUCGGCAUUAUUCAAACGAAUAAUUCACCGAUUUUGCAACAUGAUGUCUGCAGAAACUGUGAGAAACUUUAAAAAGUUGAAUCAACUAAAGAAAAGCAGUGCUUUACGACAAGGUCUCCAAGCUAAAGCCGAGAAAAAAGCAAAAAAGUCAGACGGUCGUGUAACAACAGCAAGUAUGAUAAAAGACCAAUUUCCAAAGGCUGCUACACACUUUUCACUAAAGGCACUGGCAUAUAAAGGAGAUAAUGUGUUUGAACCCUAUUCACACAUUGAAUUAAACUUUAUUAUGAUGGCUUACAAUAUUCCAACUUCUAAUGACAACAAAAAAAAGAGGUCCAGAACAUUGGCAGAAGUUUUACGAGCAUCGGGUGAAGAAAUGCCAAGUCCUGAAAAGUUGACCCAAGAAAUGUAUGAGAUGGUAAAGACAACAAAUUUAAGAAACAAUAAUGUGUGUGUGCCUGUUAACGAAGCGGGUCAAAGUACAGAAAACCCAGCAAAUCAGCAAAGACAGCAAGCCAGAGGUACAGUCUAUAUUAUUAUGUCAACCUAUUUAUUAUUUAAGUGAUUAAUCAAUAUGGUUAUGACCUAUUUAUCAUGAGUAUAAUAAUAUACAAUAUAAUAUACAGUACAAUCCGUUUAUCUGCCUGACUAUCAUCAAAUCUCAUCAUAGGAAAAUCAAGAACAUGCUCACAUUGCAAUCUGCCUGGUCACCGAAAGACAUACAGGGGAAAGAUUACCUGUCCAUCUCUGUUAGAUGUGAAUGGCGAUAAUGAAGAUGUUAAUGGUGAUAAUGAAGGUGUAAUUGGUAAUUGA